AUCAAAAAUAAGUAUAACUGACCUUAAUAAUCUUUCCAAGUGCCGUCCAAAUAGCUUCACAUACUUCAAGAAAAAAGUAAGAUAUUGUAUUUCGAGGCACUCUGUAUAAAAACUCUAAACUUCCAAAACUAUCGCCUGUAGCCAGGUAUCUCAGUACAAUUUGAAGUUUUAUUCGGUUAGGUAUGCUAUCUCUCAUUAAAGUAUUUUCUUUCGUUAUUAACGGAGCAACAAGAAGUAGAAGUUCUUCAAAUUUACUUUCAUCAUAUUAGUUUUAUCCUUCCGCUGAACGAAUAUGGUUGUGUAUACGCUUGAACAACGCUGGGAAAUAUUGCGACAUUACUUUGAAAAUCAUGGUAAUGUUGCAGAAUUUGUACGAAAAUUGCGUACGGAUUUUGGAAGAAACGAAGCACCGUCAGCUCCGUAUGUUCGUUAUCUUGUGAAAAAAGUGAAAGAAACUGGCAUCCUCAUCGAUAAACCAACGCGUGAAAAGCCAAAAACAGUGCGUACACCCGAGAAUAUUGCUGCUGUGGCCGAAAGUGUGCGUGAAACGCCAUCAACAUCAGUUCACCGUCGUUCUCAACAAUUGGACAUUUCGGAGACAUCACUGAGACGAAUUUUACGUAAAGACCUUUGUAUGACGCCGUACAAAAUCCAAUUGGUUCAGGAGUUGAAGCCAACUGACCAUCCAAUGCGUUUUCGCUUCGCUAAGUGGGCCUGUGAUCGACUUGCAGAAGAUGCCGAUUUUGCCAAAAAAAUCAUCUUUUCAGAUGAAGCUCAUUUCGAUCUUGUAGGGUAUGUUAACAAGCAAAAUUGUCGCAUUUGGGGCACAGAAAACCCGCACGCAUUCACUGAAAAACCGAUACACCCAAAACGAGUCACUGUUUGGUGCGGAUUUUGGUCCAGAGGCAUAAUUGGGCCAUUUUUCUUCGAAAAUGAGCAAGGAGCGGCCGUUACAGUCAACGGCGAUCGUUAUCGGGCCAUGUUGAAUGAAUUUUUGUUUAAAGAAAUUGAAAAUGAGGAUAUUGGCGACAUUUGGUUUCAACAGGACGGCGCUACGUGCCACACAGCCGACUCUACACUCGAUGUUUUGCGCCCUGUUUUUGAAAAUCGCAUCAUCAGCCGCAGAACUGAUGUCGUUUGGCCACCUCGGAGCUGCGAUUUGACACCGUUAGACUAUUACUUGUGGGGUGCCGUCAAAGAUAAGUGUUACGCCGACAAGCCAGAGACAAUUGACGCUUUAAAGGACAAUAUUCGUGAAGCCAUUGGUGAAAUACAGCUGCACACAAUCGUUAGUGCUUGAAAAUUGGACCGAUCGUGUAGGCUACUGCAUGGCCAGCCGAGGUAGCCAUAUGAAUGAAAUUAUCUUCCAUCAUUAACCGGAAAGAUUGU